AGUGCCCAGGAUCUGCAGCAAGGACCGUUCAAUCGCUCCCAACUGUAGGAAUGUGCUCCCUCCCUAUGGCAAGAUACUACAUAAUUAAGGAUGCAGACCAGAAGGCUCUGUACUUGAGAGAUGGCCAGCUCCUGGUGGGCGAUCCUGAUGUAGACAACUGCUGUGCAGAGAAGAUCUGCAUCCUUCCCAACAGAGGCCUGGACCGCACCAAGCUCCCCAUCUUUCUGGGGAUCCAGGGGGGCAGUCGCUGCCUGGCAUGUGUGGAGACAGAGAAGGGGCCUUCCUUGCAGCUGGAGGAUGUGAACAUCGAGGACCUGUACAAGGGUGGUGAGCAGGCCACACGUUUCACCUUCUUCCAGAGGAGCCUGGGUCCAGCCUUCAGGCUGGAGGCCGCUGCUUGGCCUGGCUGGUUUCUCUGUGGCCCAGCUGAGCCCCAGCAGCCAGUGGGACUUGCCCAGGAGAGUGAGCCCUCAGCCCGAACUAAGUUCUACUUUGAACAGAGUCGCUAGGGAGCAAUAGGCUGAGUUUCAGGCUGGUAUCCAGAAACCAGACUUACCCUGCUCAAGGAUUGUGGUAGACAGAAUAAUGACCCCUAAAGCUGUGUACAUCCUAAUCCCUAGAACCUAUGAAUAUGUUAGCUUACAUGGUGAAAGAAAGUUAUAGAAUGUGAGGGAGUUAAGGAUCUUGGGAUGGCGACUAUCCUGGGCGAGUCCAGGAGUCCUCACGAGAGGGCGGCCUGGGUUAGAGAGAGACCACAAGAUGCAAGGGUCUAAUUUUGAAGAGGGAGGGAGGGGUGUGAGAGCUGAAGAAUGAAGAUGGUUUCUAGAAGCUGGAGGCGGCAAGGAACAGAUUCUCCCUACAAAGAGGCCCACUGACACCUUGGGCUAAGUCUGGUGAAGCCCCUUUCAGAAUUCUGAGCCCAGAACUGUAAAAUAAUAAAUUUGUGUUAU